AUGUCACGCUUCCCUCUUCUCCGUCUUCCUACUUUACCUCUGUUGAAUUGUAUUCAAUAUCUGAAAGUAUUCGAGAUAAUCGAUUUCUCUCUUCUCUCGAAACGAACAAAGGCCCUCGUCUCACUUGUCAACUGGAAUCAACCUGAUAUUCAUUUAAAUUUCAUCGAAGAUUCACAAAUCUGUCUGAAAUUUCCAAACGAUCCAGGUCUGCAAUGGAUUCUGGACUUCGAAAACGAAUUAGAUGACGAAUUGUAUACAACUAGAGCAAUCGAUGGAAACCAGUUUCCAUCAUACAUAGAUUCAGUUCUCCACGGUCCGAAAGCAUUUCAUCAUCUGGUAUUUCCAAAUGAUGACAACUUUGAGACAAUGCGAAAAAUGACAGAACAUAUCUUAAAGAUAUUCAGAACCCCGAUCGCAAGUUUCGAAAUAAAUCAACUGAGUGAUCCAUCCACAAUGUCAAUUGUGAAAUGGUUCAGUACAUUACAAUCAUCAGUUGUAGAUCUUGAUAUUGAUACAACAGAUGAUAUAACUGCUCCCACUUUGUUGUGUAUUCUAGAUAAUAUCAAAGUGACUGAUCACUUUAGUUUGGAUUCGAAAGUUAUUUCUUCUGAUUUCGAAUAUCACAAAGCAAUCGACAUUCCCUCAGUUAUAUUAUCUCAUUCUCAGUGGAUAACACUGAAAUCUAUACUGAAUUCAAGCAGUCGAGUGAUCGUUUUAUGUGAAUCCAAUUUGACUUUUUGGGAUAUCAAUAGCUUCUUAAUGCACUGGCUGAACGGAUCCAAUCCACAACUUGAGUAUAUUUCUAUUCGACGAUCAAUGAAAGGGAAGGCAAUCGAAGAAGAUAUUGAAGAAGCCUUCCAGAUAAUAACAAAGGAUCUCAAUGUUAAGGAGCAUGAGGAAAACGAAAAGAGACCGAUGCGAAUAUCAAUAUCGCUCCAUCGACCAUCAUCAUACUCACCUCCAAACGACUGGUGUUAUGAUAUAGUGAGAGAUGAUGGAACCAUUGGAACAUUUCAUCAAACUUACUUUCACCGUUCGGAUGUCCCUGACUUUAAGUUUCACUAUUUCUAUUUCCAUGUUUGGAAUAAAAAUAUUUAA